AUGGCGCUGGGGGUGCUCGGCGGGACCGACAUGGAGUGGGAGAAGCUGCCGCGGCGGCCCGGGGAGGGCGAGGGGGAGGCGGCGGGGCCGUGGCCGGGCUGCGGGCGGCUGCGGCCCUCCUCGUACCGGGCGCUGCGCAGCGCCGUCUCCACCCUGGCGCGCAUCGACGACUUCUACUGCGAGAAGAUCGGGGCCGGCUUCUUCUCCGAGGUCUUCAAGGUGCGGCACCGCCAGUCGGGGCAGAUCAUGGUGCUGAAGAUGAACAAGCUGACCAGCAACCGGGGCAACAUGCUGCGGGAGGUGCAGCUGAUGAACCGCCUCUCGCACCCCAACAUCCUCAGGUUCAUGGGGGUGUGUGUGCACCAGGGACAGCUGCAUGCACUGACAGAGUACAUCAACGGUGGGAACCUGGAGCAGCUGCUGGACAGCCCUGUGCCCCUCUCCUGGUCCAUGCGUGUCAAGCUGGCCCUCGACAUCGCCCAUGGCCUACGCUACCUGCACUCCAAGGGCAUUUUCCACCGUGACCUCACCUCCAAGAACUGCCUGGUGCGCUGCGAGGCCAGUGGCUACACAGCUGUAGUGGGUGACUUCGGCUUGGCAGAAAAGAUCCCCACCUACAGUGAGGGCAGCGAGAAGGAGCCACUGGCCGUGGUGGGCUCCCCGUACUGGAUGGCACCCGAGGUGCUGCGUGGGGAGAUCUACAACGAGAAGGCCGAUGUGUUUGCAUACGGCAUCAUCCUGUGUGAGACCAUCGCUCGUGUGCCAGCUGACCCCGACUACCUGCCCCGCACUGAGGAUUUUGGUCUGGACGUCACCACUUUCCGCACCAUGGUGGGAAUUGACUGCCCAGCGGCCUUCCUCCAGCUGGCUUUUCACUGCUGCAGUAUGGAGCCCACCUCCCGCCCCUCAUUCCUGGAAAUCACGCAGUGCCUGGAGAGCAUCCUGCAGCACCAGCUGGGCGCCGAGGGUGCCAGGACCACCCUGUUUGGCAUCGGGGAGAGUCUGCCUGCAUCUGGAGCUGCAGCCACACUCACUGGGGUGACCAGGAGGUCAGCCAGCCACACCGAGCAGUCGCCCCUGCGUGAGCUGGGGACACAGCACCUGCAGCCAGACCAGCGCCUGUCCCGCAGCCAGUCUGACAUGUUCCCUUCCAAGUCACCUGCCCUGCUGUGGCCGCUGGAGCCUUACAGCGGGGCCAGGUCCAAGGAGACGUCCCCCCGUGUCAACCCCUUCUCCCAGCGUGAGGACCUGAAGGGGGGGAAGAUCAAGCUCUUUGACACGCCGAGCAAGUCGGUCAUCUCGCUCACCUUCGACCUGCCACCCCCUGCCCCGCUGCAGCUCAGCAACCCCGUGACGCCUGAGCCCGCCGUGGAGGUGCAGUGCGACUUCUCAGCACCCGCCACCAGCCCCCGCAAGUGCCACUCUCUGCCCUCCUCUCCCGAGCUGCCCCACCGGGGGGGCCUGGAGCUGGCUAUGGGGUCCUCUCAUCCCACUGACCCCCAGCCCCCUGCCCUCCUUCCUCCCCCAGCCUGGGGAGGAGCCCCCAGCCCCAGCUCCAAGGCAGAGGAGCAGAUGGACUGCGGCCCAGACAGCUCUGAGCCGCCGCAGCCCACCCCGCUGCCCCUCAACAGCAACUUCAUCCGCACCUCAUCCUCGGGCACACGGGCCUGGCAGCCAGACGUGCGGGCCCCCAACGGGCUCCUCAUCAACAACAACCACAUGAUGGUCAGCAAACCUCUGGCCUGGGGCAGCGGGCUGGAGCACGGCUUCUCUGAGCUCAGCAUCUCCUGUGCAGCAGCGCUGGAGCGGACGGAGCGCUCGGCCAUGCUGCCUGGGCACAGCUCUGGUGCCAUGCUGGAGCAGGACGAAGUGCUGCCCUGCCCUGGCUGCUGCCUCAGUCCCUUCAGCUUCAGCUUUGCCUCCAUCUGCCACCGGCCAGCGCCCAGCCCGCCCCGCUACCAGAACCUCAACUGCGAGGCCAAAAGCCUCAUCUGCCAUGAUCGGGGCCAACACCAGAAAGCCCCGGGGCCAGUGCUGGCUGAGCCCAGCCUGAAGCUGCCGGAGGCACAGUCCUAGUGAUGGGGACCCUGGGGAGUGGGGCUGAGUCCAGCUGCCCCUUGCACCCCUCUGCAGCCACAGCACUGGGCAGUGCAGGAGCCACGGUCUGGCACAUCCCACGGUCUGUCAUCACUCGGCACGUGGUGGUCACCAGUGGCUAUGGUGCCAAGUGCUGUGGCUGCCGCGGCGCUGCCCAGGCACUCAGGCACCCACCCCACCAGGAUCAGCCUUGGGGAUCUGCAGGGAACCCUGGAGGUGGGCUGGGUCUCUGCUGGGGACCAAAGUGCAAUAACACUGCUGCCCUGAGCACUGCCCCGAGCGGCAGGGCUGGUCCCCCGCGGGGGCCACGGGGCUCAAGCCCUGGAUCCAGGACCCCCUUUCCCCAAGGGCUCACCCCUCUGCAGGCUCUUGCAGAGGGGUUUACAAUGGGCUUGCUACCUUGGGAGAACUGGGAGUUCCCUGCACCCAGGCGGG